UUGUUUCUUGUGAAGUGAGAGAUUAGCUGUACAGUAUAUAUUUAGUGGGUAAUCACAAGGUAACAUCAUAACAGUGCUGUAAGUACAAAGACAUGGCAUCAAUGUUGUGGGAAAGUUCUUUACAGGCGAAUGCGAGUGAACUUCACGGGGACACAUGGCACAUUACAAUCAAUGAGUCUAUUGAGCCACACAAACAAGCUUGUGAUUGGCACCAAUACAUUUCUGGCUCCUUUGCAAGGUUCAAGUGUUCUCUUUGUAGAAGAACCUGGAUGUCUAAAAGAGUGCAGGUAGUGUUCCAUUUCCACUUGGACACAGCAAGGAAACAUGGAACCAUUAAACUGCGACGCUUCAAACAAAUGUGCAGGAGGUGCAAUGAAGCUCAGAUGGAGGAUCCAAAUUUUCCAGUGGAAAACAUUGAUGUGCUGAUUGGGAGACUAGUUGAAAAGAUCCGUGUGAGAUGCUACAAAGAAAACCUGGGUGAAAAGAACAGACCCUCAGUGUUCGAAGGCAGAGUUAAUGGGCCGCAUGAAAGUGCUCAUUGUGAAGCCUGUCGGCUUGGCAUCUGUAGUCAGGCCAACUGAGGUUGAUUUCAUUUCAAAUUUCAAAUAAUGAGUUCAAAUAAUGAUGAUGUAUCCAAUGUGGACUAGGUCUUGCAUAGACUAGUCUGGUAGUAGUUGACUACUUCAACUACUAGUCAGCGCUGUCAGAAGCCAUUGAGUACUUUUGCACGCAAUAACCAUAACUUCACGUCCUGAUUUUGCAGAGUUAGACACGUUCCUGGGUCUUAUUCUAUUAUAAACUAUUUUGAACCAGUGAUGAUCUAAGUGAUGUGAACAAAUCUGUUGUUGUUUAGACUAAUGUUGUAUAAUACCCCUAACUGUUAAAAUACAUUUUAUUAAUAUUUAGUAUGUAUGCAGUUAUUGUUACAUACACGUUAAUACAUGUAAGAGACAUAUACAGUCGAUUAAUAAACACCGAAUGAAUGACACAA